AUGUCUUCUCCACCGAGACAGAACCCAGCGAGCCCAGGCAAGGGCGCGAGCUCCCCUGGCGGAGCCAGCACCAGCUCUCCACGCAAAGCCACUACAAGCUCUUCCGGCGUGUACAUUCCCACCUCGCCCACUGAUGGCGAGGCCAUCAUGCCCGCCAAUCGACCCGCGACCCCUGACGCCGAGAACGAGACGCGGUAUGCGCUUCCUAAGCCUCCAGGUACUCCUAACACUACUAACAACACCGGUAGCCCCCCUCUACUCCCUCCGCAUGCCAGCAGCGUGGAUACCUCAGCCUACGAAACUGCCGACUUCCGCGCUGCCCAGCAGCUGGUUCUCGCUCACCAGCAUGUUGGACGGAUGACCACUGACGCCGCACGCACAUAUACGCUGCGUGCGGGAGGACCCCUUCCUGUCCAGUCCGAGGGCCAAGUUCCAACUCCUGGCCAGGCCAUGGCUCUUGCGGCCUACAUGCGCGACGCCAACUAUGACGUGCGCACUGUGGUACAUGACAACAGUGUGUGGCUUUUUGUCGCACACACCGACAACCGGGCCGAGGAUGAAGCUUUCUGGAUCCAAGAGAUCUCGGGUCAUGCCUUCAGCGAGCUAGAGGUGAAGGCCCGGGAUGCUGCGAGGACUUGGGGCCGUUGA